AUGAGGGAGAGGGAUAUGGACACAAGAUGCAUCAACAUGGUGUUCCACAAUCACUUGUUGGUCAGCAACAUCAUUGGACAUGUUAGUGACAUUCACAAGAGAUGGAUGAGUCUGCCAAAGCCAUCAAUCAGAUCAUCAGAGUUUGACAACAGCAACAACAACAGAACACAUCUGAUCAAGUCAACAAUCAAAGGUCAACAACUUCAAAACAUGAGUCUCGUUGAUAUGUUGCGCUUCAACGCCACUCAGAUGUUCAUCGCUGCAUUUGACAGCGUUGCUGACGACUUCCCCAUCGACUACAACAACCUCCUGAUAUCCGCAGUCAACUUCAACAACACAACAGUAUUCAAUCAUCUAAUUGACAGAAUGAAUAUAGACAUCGAAUGUGACAACAUAAUCUACAGGGGCAACUUUGACAUACUGCGCUCAUACCUCGCAGCCACCGGCCACCGCGCACUUCCCAACAACAGAGUGUCCAUCCUUCCCUAUGCAGUAGAAACUGGCAACGUGGAGUUUGUUCGUUUGCUGCUCCAACUCCUCACAAUCGACGUUGAUGCCAACAAGUAUGUCAGGUCCAUUGAGUUUCAUAGACGAGGUGUCCGAGUUGACAUGCUCCGAAUGCUGCACGGGGAGUUCAACUGUCUGUUUGAGUUACCCAACCUCUGGGAAGAGGUACUUCGGCACUCUGUCAAGUGCAACAUGAUGGACAGUGUUCAAUACAUCCUCGACAACAUGUCGCAUGCCCAGAGUAUACCAACCGAUUUGCUCACCAAGUGUCUUCGACAAUGUGCCAAGACUGGCAACGUUGACAUGUUCCAAGCAUUCAUUAAGACACCCGUUGGCACCAAGUACCUCAUCAACAGCAAUCGUGAUAUGAAGGAGAUCAUUGAAAAGGUAGUCGACAAUGGUCAUCUAUCAAUCAUCAAACAUCUCUUCCAACAUCAUGUCGGCAACGGCCACAUCAGCGAGGAACGUGAGACUCAGAUCCGCGACGCAUUGGUGAUGCCCCCAUCCAGUGUACCAGGCGAGCCAAUCGACAUGGACCUGGUCAGGCUUCGCAGCACCCCAUUGGCAGAUAUCCUCAACGACAACAUUGUCUCCUUUGCAUCACAUUCUGGUCAUACCAUGUACCUGACUUUCAAGAUGUGUACUAUGAUGUCCAAGUCGAUGGCCACAUUCAUCUCGAGUCCUCGAAUGGACAGCAACCAGUUCCGAUUUUGUAAAGGCUCGUUGUACAACAUGGUUAGAGCAGUGGUCCAUCCAGGCAGCAACAUCACCGCCGACAUCGUUUGCCAGUUCAUUGUCAACUGCGAUCUUCAAACACCAUCCUUCCUCCAAAAGUCCAUGAAGGAUGCUUGCGGCUACUCUGCUGCCUUGAUGCAACUCCUCAAAUCUCACUUCAACAUUGAUUACAUUUAUGGCAAUUGCUUGGCGACGGCAUUGGAGAAUAGAUGUCAUGAGACCAUGUCGUUGAUCUUCAAUCACACCGACCCAAACAAGGACUAUUAUAACAAUCGCGAUGUCAAGGCAAAAGCAUUCGAUAUUGUUUCCAAAGCAACAUUGCCAGAGGUGACAUUCAUCCUGGACCACAUGGACAACAUCAGACACAAUGCUGAAGUGUGCGAGUGGGCCGCAUGCAGUCCUCACAUGGAUGUGUUUGAACAUGUGAUCAAUCUGUUCACUCGCGAGCAACUCUGUGGGGCACUCGACAGAAUCACUGAACGAGCACUCUCUAGCAACAGGGUCGACAAUGUCCGCAUGCUUCAACGAUUCUUCGAACGAUGCGAAUUGGCUACAGCCAGGCCUCUGGAAAGACCAUUGAUGCUGGGUACUCUUCACUCAAUGGCCAAACAGAAUUGCUAUCUCACAUUGGAGCACUACUUCAACUCGACUGCAUACACCAACCAGCCAAUACAACACCGUCUUCGAACACUCCACUCAAUACUCAAUGUUGCCUAUCAACAUUCUACCCACCGAGUGAUCAAGCUGUGCACAGAUCAUAUCCAGUCACUCACACUCAAUCAAUCACAACAAAUAUUGGUCGAGUCCACAUUGCAUGGCCAAGGACAUGUUGUCCAUCAGGCAACAUCAUCAAUGGAGACAGCAUUCCACUCAGUGUUCAAAGAGACCAAGCUUGGAAUGAUGGUCAUGGAACAGAUUGGACAAGUCCACAAGUCACUUGGAAUCAAUGGUAAACAUCUUAUCAAAGGAUCACAGUUGAUUGACAGACAUUGUUUGAUGGACUACAUCAAGUAUGGUGCCACGGAAUGGUUCCUCAAGUCGUACUCUCCAUCCAAUGUUGUCCACAACUCUCCAUUGCUUGACGAAGCAUUGACCAGGUGUGACACACGCGCAGUCGAUGUACUUAUGGCCAACCCCAAGUGUCAACUCAUCAGGGAAUUGAGUUGCUUUAUCAAUGAUCUAUCAUGCUCUCAUUCAGACUUUGAUCGGAUAUUUGAUCAAUAUGUCAUGAUCAACGCUCAGACAUCAUCCGCACUCAUAUACGAUCAAUUGGUGACCUCAAGGAUCAAUCAUCCAACAUUACUUCGCAAACUCAUUCAGUCUGGCAUCAAUCUACCAACCAUUGGACUCAACAACAUCGACAACGCCGUUAAUCCUAAUGAUGGCUGGAUUACCAAGCCAUGGGCGGUGGAGAUGCUCGAGCUGAUGACCCAGCAUAAGCUCCUCGAACGUCUGGCCCAUGUCGAAUUAAUUGGCAAGUCAAUCGAGCUUAAUCUGACUCAUAUCGUCCAUUUCAAUCUCCACAAUGUUCAGGCACUAUCAUUCAUAUCAUCAUAUGACCGUACUGAUUUUAUUGGAAGAUGCUGUAUAUAUGGUGUUAGGAUUGAGCACUUGGACCUGUUGCUCACUGGUGUGACGACAACAAGAUCAAUCAAUGUACUACUCCCAAGGGUGUUGCAAAAUGGUCAUUUGGAGGUGGCCAACUUCAUUAUCAACUUUACAAUGUCCAAUCCAAAGAUAAAGGAGCAGCCAGUCAAUGUGGAUGACAUCCAUCACUCAAUCAUAUCCAUUGACUUGUUUAAUCGACUGGUGGCACUCCCCAACAUCAAGUGUAGAUUCAAUCAGGUGUUGGGAAGAGCUAUCAAGGCAGGCAACAAGGAGAUCAUCGACAAGUUGUUGGGGCCACGUCCAGAGGGCACACCCAUAAUCCAAACUAACCAUAUAUAUGCUCUUGAGCAGGCAGCAUUGGUCGGUGAUCUGGACAGCAUCAGGAGGAUCAUGAACAAGCCACGAAUCAAACUAACAAUAGAUGACCUUGGUGCAUUGAUCGAUCGAGUUGGAUUGCUCGACAGCCUUGUGACAGAGGAUGUGAUCAUUGAGUUGGCCAAAAACUCACUGGAGGAUAACACUAUGCAACAAAUAGACAAGUUGGCCAUGUUGAUGAUCAAGGCAGCAUCCAAGUCUCUCACACUGAUCAAAUUGGUCGUUGACACUAUGUCACAAAGCGACAAGAACAUUCACAAGAUAACCACCAAAGACUUCAACACUGCAGUUGAUGCAUGUAUCAAUCGUGGUGACAACGAAUCAUUGGAGUUUAUGGUCAAACUGGCUCGCACCCUAUGCUUCAAGGGGAAGCACAACCGGAGUGAAAGGGUAGUGGAGAGUAGAAGAUUCCAUGACUACAUCAAUUUGAGGUCAUGCAACACAUCAGCACUCAAUCAUCUGUUUGACAAUGGACAUGUCAGUGUGGAUGAUGUCAAGUCUGAAGCACUGACAGGAUUGGUGGACUGGGCCUGUCAAGAAGGAAAGCUGGACAUCAUGCGAGUGAUCCAUCAACGAUGCACCACACCAACACAACUCCAACGACAUCUCCCAUCAAUGAAGGCAAUACAUAGUGCAUCGGACAACAAUCAUCACAAUUUACUCAGUUACUUGUUUGAAGGCGAUGUUGAUAAUGAUGGAUGGUUCGACAUCGAUCUUGUGUGA